AUGGUCAACAAUCAACAAUCAAGUAAACUUGGAUUUCUAUUCGAUGCUAGCCACAGUGUGUUUGGACAUUGUCCUUCACUUUCGAGAUUCUACAUGAGCGAAUUCCAACAAAACCUGUGUAAUUACGAUGCCAAACCUGCACAGGCAGUUGAACGAAUAGGCUGUCCUAGGUGUGGACAGAUCUACUCUCCGGGCUUCAAUACAACCGUUCGGCUAGAACCAUUUGGUACCAAGAAACGAAAACAAAUCCAGAAAACUAAACCAAAGAACAGACUUGUCUAUGAAUGUCACGCGUGCACUUUUAGAUUCUCAAUGGGAAGAUCGAUCAAGGCAAAGAUUCCUACUGCUUCUCUUGAACCAAAUCAAAUCAAAGGAUCCGUUACUGCGCAAACACCGGCAAGCACUGUGCCGAAUGAUAAAAAGAAUAUGAAUAUAACCAAGAACAGUAACAGUAACAAUAGUCUUAGUUCUAGUGAUCAAUCUGCAAAUAACCUACACUCAAACAAAAAGACACUCAACAAUCCUAUCAAAAAGAAGACCAAGGGAAAGAGUGCAUUACAGGCUAUGCUUGCAAAGAGUAAAGAAAAUGCAGGACCAAAUAAGCUUGGUCUUAAUGAUUUCUUAUCUUCUUUGUAA